GUGACGUAAUAACAAAAUAUGGCGGAAUGAGAAUUUGAGGAGAAGCGAUGUCAGGACGACCACCGAAUGAAAGGGGGCCUCCUGGAGCGCAGCAUGAUGUCAGUUCCCCGUACAAGCGGGGACGUCCCCAGAGUCCUCCCCAGGUACAGCGUCCCGGCUACCCCUACGGUCAGGAUCCUCAGUCCCAUCCCAGGUUCAGCGUCGCCCCAGGGUUCUACCCUCAUUACCAACAGGGCGAUCAACAGUCACAGGACCGUUACCGAGAAGAUUAUUUACAUAUUAGGCGACGCCCAUCCCUACUACCAGACUACCAUGGGAGUCAUGCUGCUGCCAACAUAGAACGACUAGAGAGAUAUAGACGAGGAGCUGCAGACGUCUUACCAUAUGGACAGGAAAAUAUGGGUAACCUGCAGGCCCAAGCCCAAGCACAAGCCCAAGCUCAAGCUCAAGCCCAGGUUCAGGUCCAAGUCCCAGUGGGAGAGCCUGGGCCGAGCCCCAGCCAGGCCCAGCAUACACACCCUGGGCCACAGAUGCCCAAGCGUCCACGCCUGGCUAUUGACCGACCUGAGUUGCAGCAGCCACUUCAUAUAGAUGUUAAAAAGGAGCCAACAUACAAUCCCCAAGUAGAAGCUAUAUCUCCGACACUGCCAGCCGACGAGAGUAAUAGUCGAUCAUCCAAGGAUGAACUGUUGCAGGCGAUCAGUCGAGUAGACCGGGAAAUCUCCAAAGUGGAACAGCAAAUUCAUAAACUUCAGAAAAAACAGCAUCAAAUUGAGGAGGAAACUUCCAAACCUCCACGGGAGAAAUCAGAGGCACCAGAAAUAUCCUCUUCUGAAACAAAGCACCAGAGCAUUGCACAAAUAAUCUACGCAGAAAACAGGAAAAAGGCAGAGGAGGCUCAUUCUUUAUUUGGCAAACUUGGACCGAAGGUUGAACUGCCCCUGUAUAAUCAGCCAUCAGACACUUUAGUGUAUCAUGAGAAUAGAAGGAAACAUGCUCUCUUCAAGGGUCGACUUAUACUUCACUUCAAGAAGCGACACCAAGCUCGCAGAAUCAGGGAGCGUUACCUGACGGACAGGUACGAUCAGCUGAUGCAGGUAUGGCUAAAAAAGAUGGAAAGGGUGGAAAACAAUGCAAAGCGCAAGGCCAAAGAUGCAAAGAUGAGAGAAUAUUAUGAGAAAAUCUUCCCAGAGAUUAAAAAGUCUCGUGAAGACAAGGAGAGAUUCUCCAGCAGGGCUGGUACAAGAAGUGGAAAUAUCGGUCCAUAUGCCCGCAGUGAAGCAGAAUUUGAACAAAUUGUUGAUGGACUUCAUGAACAAGAGGAGGACGACAAGAAGAUGCGUAGCUACGCUGUGAUCCCACCAAUGAUGCUAGAUGCACGUCAACGGAGCCUCCGUUACCUCAAUAAUAAUGGGCUGAUUGAGGAUGCCAUGGAGGAGUGCAAGGAGAGAUCAAACAUCAAUGUCUGGACACCUCAGGAGAAACAGAUCUUCAAGGAGAAAUAUCUUCAACACCCUAAAAACUUUACUGUCAUACAGCAGUACUUGGAACGGAAGACUGUGGCCGAUUGUGUACAGUACUACUAUCAGACAAAACGCAGUGAAAACUACAAACAACUGCUUCGUAAACAGACUGUCAAGAAAACUAAACGGCUUCAAAAACAACAGCCAGCGGCUGCGAUAAAGGAAGAACCAAAAGAGGAACUAGAAGAGCCAGGAUCGUCGGUUUUGGCGAUCACUGGCACGGCCAUCCCACCUCCCCCUGAACCUGUCGUCAUCAAGAAGGAGGAGGAAAAGGUAGAGGACGAUGACUCCUCUGAUGACAAUGAGGUCUCUACAUCCGGGGCUGGUGAAGGUGGGAUACAUCAGUGUGCAAUCUGUAACCAGCAGCUAGAACAUUACGGACUGAGUCGACCUUUGACUCGAGCCAACUGUGAACUGUACGGAAUGACGGAGACAGAUCUGAAGGCGGACAUGAGAGUGUGUAGUAGCUGUCGGUGUAAAUCUGUCCGGCGACGUUACACACAGUGUCCUGUUCCAACUUGUAAAACCCCUAAGAGGAAAGUGAAACGUCUCCGACCAUUGCCACCGAAAUGGGCCGACUUAUCUACGGAAGUGAAGGACCCCAUAAUUAAAGAUCUUCAGCUGACAGAGGAAAUUACGAAGUGUUGUUCAGCUUGCUUCAACAGGAUCGCAAGACGGCUAGGCACUAACCCACAAACUAAUGAACCAAUCGUUCCACUUGUUCCAGAGACAAAUGAAGCUGAGGUAGUAGAAACAUCAAGGUGGACAGAGGAAGAAAUGGAAGUCGCUAAACAAGGUCUGAGGCAGCAUGGCCGAGAUUGGGCAGCCAUUGCCUCAAUGGUGGCCACCAAAACUGAGGCACAGUGCAAAAACUUCUACUUCAACUACAAGAAGAAGUUUAACCUGGAGUCUAUCAUUCAGGAGCACAAAGAGCGGCAAGAAGAUGCUAAAAUGAAGGAGGGUGAUAAGCGGACCAUUUCAACCUGUGAGAGCAUGGCGUCAACUGUGACUGCAGAGUCUGGUGGAGAAGAGGACAUUUCAUCUGAUAUUGACUCGGAUACUGCGAGCGCGCCGAGUCCUACUCCAGGCACAGAGGAAGGUACCAUUAAGGAGAGGAUGGUGAAACCUGACGUGAACAUGGAGACAACUAGUGAGGCCCAACCAACACAGCCUCUGGGGCUGUCCCAAAAUAACCUGACCUCCAUCAAACCACUCAGUGCUUCACAAGGUAGUCUUCGUAGUAUUGACAAUGACAGCAGUGCCACAAUGAGUGCUGAUGAGGCACCGCCGCCCUCAGGAAGUGGUGUUAGUCAUGGAGUGUCGACUGAUGCCAGGGACACAUUCAGUCCACGGACAUCUGGUAUUCCAGCCACUAGAUUGAACUUACAACAACAACAACAGCAACAGCAACAGCAGCAGCAUCAGCAUCAGCAGCAGCAGCAGCAGCAUCAGCAGCAGCAGCAGCAGCAGCAGCAGCAGCAGCAACAACAACAACAACAACAACAGCUGCAACAACAACAACAACAACAACAACAACAACAGCAGCAGCAGCAACAACAGCAGCAGCAACAACAUCCAGCCAUUUCCUCCCACUUGCCCCAUUCCACCAGCUUACAUCCUGGCCCUGUGACGUCACAUGCAGCUUCUGUGCAUUCGCAGCCCCCUCCACACCAGGGGGCACCACAUGCACAAUCUGGCAUUUCUGGCGGGUCACAGAUGUUGGCGUCGAUGAGCCAUGUACCAGGUCCUACUGGAAUUCCAUUCUCACAAAGUGGAGUGGCUCCUUAUCAUUACGCGGCUAAGGGUGGCUCCAUAACCCAAGGUCGUCCAGUUACACAACUUUCGUCGGCUAUGGCAGGAGCCGGGGACAGAGAGGGUGAACGUCGUCCCCAGGAUGUUCCUAUUAUCAAAGAAUCUCCCCCAUCUGGACCCCCUCAACCCUCUUCUGCAGCCCAACAAAUGAUGCCAGAGUUUACGAACAGAAACAAACAGUUCCUGCAGAAUUUGCUGAUGCCUCAGGACCAAGGGUCUCACAGUCGCCCUUCAAGUACAUUAUCAGAGCCGGGCCUAAUGCCUCCCUCUGCCCCUUCCCACCGCAGUCUGUCCCCAAGCGGAGACAGGCGUGGCCCCAAACCUGCAUGUGUUCGUGACCUUAUCAACUCGGCUAUAGAAAGGAAUCUUGGACAUCCCCGCAGUUCCCAUCAGGACUCUCCCCAUCCUGAGAAACGUCCAGCUUCGUCUGAACCAGUAUACAGCCCUCAGCUUCUGAACACCAUGCAGCCGCAGUAUAUAAUACAGGAUCUCCGUAAGGAAAAGCCGGAGCAAUCUGUGUCACCAGCCUAUUCAGGCCGCAAUUCUCUAUCCCCUUACCACAACAUGGCAAGACAACUUGAAAAGGAGGCUGACAUGCGAGAGGCCAGAGAUAUGCCGCAGGAUUUAUCAAAAGGCCCACAUGGUUACCGUGGUAACCCACGAGAUAUGGAUCCGCGUUCCGCUGGUCAUUCUGAGUUUCGCAGACAUGGUGAAGACGGAUCAAGGCAACCAGUAGCACCACCUCCAGCUCAUUCACAACGCCCCGUCUUGUAUCCACCGACUGAAAUACCUGGGAGACAGUCUGCCGAGGGACACAAGUCCCCAAGUCCUUACCCCCAUGAUAGACAGAGUUCGCCUGCACUAAGGCAUCUUUCCCCCAGUACUUCACCCUACGCCCAUGUGCCCCCUGGUCUAGACCCCCACCGUGCUGCCCAGCCAAACAGACAGGGGGUAAUUCCACCCCCACCUCCUUUAAUCAACAAAGGUCCUUCUCCCAAACUACCAAAGUCACCGCCUACCAGCAGCCACCCUUCGAACAUUGUCGGCAUGCAUCAUGGCUCCAUCACACAUGGGACACCUGGUUCAAUCACUCGUGGCACUCCAGUGGUGUCCAUGCCACAGGGAAUGCCAGCCACCAGCCACCCAAACAGUAGCAGUGUAAUGGCUGCCAGCAGAUCAUCACACACUGACACUCGCCACCAGCAACAGGUCAGGGCGGUGGGAUCCAUCACCUCAGGUACGCCUAUCAGCAGGGAAUCGGCAGGAAGAGGGGGGCCCCAGGGAGGGGAUCCCAGAAUGUAUGACCCCAGAUUUCCUCAGGGCAUGUAUGACCCUAGGAUGCUACCUGAGCAUAGAAUGCGUAAUAAUAUGUUCACACCGGGGAUUCCGUAUCCAUAUCAACAGCCACAAGAGCAGCAGACGAUGAGUAAACAGAUCAAUGUUGAUUUCAUGACAGCACAGCAAAUGCAGCAGCAGCGUCACACUCCGGGGAAGGAGAGGGAGGGGCCUGUGUCCCCUCGUGGGGCCCCCAAGGAAGCAGGACGCCAGCAUCAACCUCUCAUUCCAGUGCAUCCAGGCUACCAAGGGGGACUGAUGUAUGUCCACCAGCCUCCAACAUCUAUGUCGGAACGUGGGGGCAAUACAAGGUCCUCUCCUCAUCCUUCCUCACAUGGAACUCCCUCUCCCCAUGAAGAAAACCUCUCCCCUGGCUGGCCCCGCCAACAGAUGGCAGGGCAUAGCCACAGCCCCAAUGUAACACCAGCUAAUCGAAGUAUCACUGCUGGAACAGGACGGCCAAGCGUCAUCACAGAUAUCACCAGUCGUCAGGAAGCAUAUAUCGGAGAAGGCUCAGCAUUGAUGAGGUCACAUGCUAUGUCACCUCGACAAUAUCCGGAAGGUCCUUUUCAAAACCACCCAGCAAUAAUGGGGCAUCGACGGGCUCCAUCUUCUCAGUCGGAAUACAAUCGGCGUCAGUACCAGGAGGAAAGACAUGAUCUAACUCAGGAUCAUGAACGCUUGGAACAGGAGAAGAGACGCAAAAGUGAUGAGAUACAGAGACUUCGUGAAGCACAUGAGCAGCGCUCACGUGGGUUCAACAUGGAAGAGCAGAUUCGAAAGGAAAUUAUGGAAAGCCAACGUAAGGAGGAGAAAAAUGAUGAUGUUAUAAUGACGUCAAAGUCUGAGACAUCUCGCAGUCCAGCCGCCAUGCAGUCACAGUCUGUAAAAUUGAAAGAUCCUACCGACCUGUUCAAGGCGUUUGUGUCUGACCAGUCACAGGCAUUACCAACACGUGACAGUCCACGUGGACCCUCGGCUCUCACUGCCGCUAAUCUCAUUGACGCCAUUAUCAUACAUCAGAUAAACCAAUCCAUAGAUGAGCCUGACAAUAAAAUCCCAAAACAGGAUGUUCAGCCAACAGGUGGCGCUCCAUCUAGUCAACUUGCUCCGGAGGUAGUGGACACGACACCAGCAACAACUCCUCUUCAGGACCAGAAAUCCCCUACACAAAUGCACGGGAAAAAAAAGUGGGUUCACGAAUCUCAAUCCGGGUCCACCCCGCGGGCCACUCCCCCAACCCCCACAAGUACAGGGAGUGCCCCCCAGAUGCCGACUCCACCAGAACGGCGCCCUCAAGGGAUGGCGACGUCCCCUGGGGUUGCAGACGGGAAUUGUAUACAGAACAAGUCUCCCUCAGGAAUGUUGUGCGGUGGAAGUAAACCAGGAAUGACACUUGGGGAACAUAUCAACUCUAUCAUACUCAGUGACUACAAUACCAGGCCAGCUAACAACAAGAAUGGGGUUCUUAGUCAACUUGGAGCUCUGUCCAAUAACACUCCUCCAGACAGCCAACAGGAGCGUAACAAUCCCUCACCGAUGUCCACUCACUCUCAGUCGGAUACAUCCUCUACGGUGUCUGCAGACUCCACACGCUCUCGAAGCUUUUCCCACGGAACAACACCUCCUCAGAGUGGAUACGGAAGUCACGGGACCACACCUCCACAGGGGGGCUAUGGAGGGCAUGGGCUGAAGUGGAAGAAAGCCCAAAUCCAGGAAGCUGAGAGAGAGAUGGCCAGCAGCUCUGGACAGACUGAGGCCUCCCAAUCGAUGUCUGGUGGUACUCCUCACGGGGACGACCGACCGUCUCACCCACAAGAUGUCGCGCAAGAAUCAACAGAGCGGAAACACCACACACCUGACCAGUCACAUUCACCGAGGCUGCGUUCUCCGCACAUCAGUGGUCUCUCCGACCCGAAAUCUCCAAUGGCCCCUGCUGAUAGCAGCGAUGUCAUGCCUUCCAAGAUCUCACCGCCCCGAUCGCCACGCUCACGAUCGGGAUCUGUGACGGCCAGUCACCAGCACAUCACAAGUCUCCUGUCACGCCCACAGAUGAGUUUCCAAUCACACAGUGAAAGUACUGGGAACUCUCCACCAACUUCAGAGUCCUCUGCUGGCCCUAAGGCAGCCAGUGUUACGUCUGAUAUCUCGCCACUCGAUUACGUUAAGAACAAAAUUGCAGAGGUACUACGCGAUGACAGCAUAAACGACAUGCCCAAACCCCAAGGUCCACCCCGGAGUUCUCUUUCCUCCCCACAGCAGUCCAGUUCUCCCAGAGGGAUGGGGACUGGAAAGCUCAUUGGGCAGCUUCUUCAGCCUCAGGCAGCUGGGCUUUCAGGUUAUGCUGCUUCGCAGGGGCGGGCCCUGUCACCUAUGACAACCAUACAGGGCGACCAUAUCAAAGGGCACCAAAGAGAAAUUCAAGGCUCUCAAAUGGGGCACCAACGGGAUACACCAGGAUCAUCCAUGGGACAUCAGAGGGAAAUACCUGGUUCUCAAAUGGGGCACCAAAGGGAGCGGGAAAUGCCCAGUUCUCAAAUGGGGCACCAAAGGGAGCGAGAAAUACCAGCAUCUCAAAUGGGGCACCAAAGGGAGCGGGAAAUGCCCGGUUCUCAAAUGGGGCACCAAAGGGACCGGGAAAUGCCUGGUUCUCAAAUGGGGCACCAACGGGACCGGGAAAUGCCAGGUUCUCAAAUGGGGCACCAACGGGACCGGGAAAUACCUGGUUCUCAAAUGGGGCACCAACGGGACCGGGAAAUGCCAGGUUCUCAAAUGGGGCACCAACGGGACCGGGAAAUGCCAGGUUCUCAAAUGGGGCACCAACGGGACCGGGAAAUGCCUGGUUCUCAAAUGGGGCACCAACGGGACCGGGAAAUGCCUAGUUCUCAAAUGGGGCACCAAAGGGACCGGGAAAUGCCUGGUUCUCAAAUGGGGCACCAACGAGAGAGAGAAAAUUUGUCUGGACUUCAAAUAGGAAAUCAGCGGGAAAGGGAAAAUAUGUCAGGGUCCCAAAUGGGGCACCAGAGGGAAAGAGCAAAUAUGACGGGGCCACAAAUGGGGCACCAGAGAGAAAGAGAAAAUAUGUCGGGGCCCCAAAUUAGUCACCAACAAGAAGUUUCAAGACCUCUCCCUGGACACCAAAGGGAACCUUCAGAAACAUCAGGAGGUCACCUAGAUUCGACUCAUCAACGGGAUACCCAGCCACACCUUGGUCACCAGAGAGAGGCUGGUCACCACUCCGGAGGUCAGCGUGAAUCACAAGAAUGGGAACAAGCAAGUCAAUCGGACUCCAGUAACUAUCCCACCAGCUCGACACAGUCGGGAGGAGAAGGCCAGGGCAUGGACAAAGAGGGAAAACCUGGCAGUGGUACAGGGGACAAAAUGUCCUCCAUGCACCACCCACAUCUCAGAAAGCAUGGCAUGUUCAGGCGGUCUCGUGUUGUGAGGGAUGAGGCUGGGGGAAAGUUCACAGUGACAGCUUCUGGACGCGACCACACUAAGUCAAGUCCAACAUCUGCGUCAGACAUGCAGAGACCCGCCCAAGAAAAGAAAGGUCCGCGUUCCGAGUACGACUUUCCCGACAGCCCUGAUGAUGAUCAGUUGGUGACAAAAAAGCCGAGUAGCUAUAUGGCUCUGUCUGGAUCUACACGAAGUCCUCGACGUGGAGUUGUUGACAGUUCAGACGGACGCUCGAGCUCCCAGGGGUCAUCAGAAAGUGGACGUGGUUCUGACAGUCAUGUGCAGAGCUCCAGUGACAGUCGACCAGGUGAAGGACAGGAUUCUGGAAGUCAUGACAGCUACAGGGGUAGUUUGGAAUCAAGUUUUGGACGCCCAGACCAAGGUCCAGGAGAAGCAAAGAUGUCUCGACGAUCAUCCAAACACGAUUCUGAAGGUGACGAAAGUUCCAACAUUUCCCAUCCGAGCGUGGAUAGCACACAUGCAGACAGAAUGGUCAUUGAUGAAAUCGCUGGUGUUGACAGUUCGUCUGGAGGUGAUGUGACAUCAGCGCCAUCAAUGCCAGAACGUCCAAGGUCAUCGCGGUCAUCUAGGGAUAGCGACAACAGUCCACGCAGCACAACAGAAAACCUGGAGGCUGGAGAAUUUGUUUCGUCCCAGGGACGGAGCCAAGAAAAUAUGGGAGGGUCUCUAGGCUUUCCUCACAGGUCACGUAGUCCUCGGGGAGGUGGGCUAGGAGGGGACAUGCACUACCAAAGCUCUGAGGCCCAUCCAAGUGUGGAGUCCUCAUCUUCAAGCAUUGGCUCUGGGUCAACAGGUGGGGUGCCUUUUCCCAGUGGUCAACAUUCUGAAGCUGACCGGUCAGGUUAUAAUCCACGUGUCGUGGAACCUGUUCUCCUUAGGUCAUCCAAAUAUGACGAUCUGUCAGAUGACGAUGAUUGAAGAUAUAUAGAUAUAUAUUGAAGAUAUAGCAAAGUACUGGUGUUUUUCAGUCAAAGAUGUGUACAAGAGAUGCUGUUCGGCAUAGACUCAGAAAGUUGUCAGAAAAGACUGAAAACAUGUAUAUAAACUGUGAAUACUGGAGGAGAGUCAAAUAUUUCAAGAAAUUGUUUGUUCUUCUGUCUUCACAAACUGACUUGUCGGAAGUAAGAGACAAAUUUAGUGCUCAGAUAAUGUGUUUGUGUCAGUGUUGUUUGUUUACUCAAAACCCCGAUUUUCAACUUGAAGAAAAUGAAGACUGUGUCAAGCUAAAGAAGAAACUUUUCAAAGCCAAAACAUUUAUUUUUCAUUUAAAAAAAAAAGAAUAAGAAAAUUUAGAUAUUGGUUCAAUAAAUAUGUUAAUGCAAUCUUCAGGAAUUUGUACAGUCAUAGUAAAACUCAUCCUCAUGAACUGUUUGGCCAGAUAAAGCAUAUGUAUACAUGUACAUUGUUAUAUUUAUAUACUGUCUAGAUUUAGCUUUUUUUUCUUCUAAAUAUUCAGAAUGUAAAUCUGUAAAUUCAGUGCAUAAUUUCGAAUCAAGUGCUGUCUAGAUUUACACAUUAAGAUGUUUUGUUUCUCUAAUUCUAAAAACUAAAAAAUGUGCAUUUUAUAUGCCUACAUUGCAAGUGUAUUUGUUGAAUUGGUGCUGCUACAAUGUUUGUUUACUAUAUAUACCAAUUGUGUGGUAAAAUGAUAUGGCAGAAUUUAGAAGCCUCGAAUUCGUGAGGCAUCAAAUAAAAUCGGACAGCGAAGUUACUAAAGUACUGUGUACUACCAAAGAUCAGGUUUAAAUAUUUUGACAUUCACAGAUAUCCGAUUCUAUAAGUAAUUCAAAUUGUUUAAUAUCUUAAUUGAAUAUUUUGCAGACUGUGGCUUUACAAUUGAAAUACUUUUUGUCUUACCAUGACAAAAGAAUUUGUAUUUAUAUAUAUUUUUUUUUUUUUGGUGGGUGGGGGUGGAUGGGGAAUGGGGACAUGUGUUCAUUUUGAGGUUGUGUGUAGCUCUGUUUCAAAUAUAACACUUUAGCAACCAAAUUUUGUGUAAAUUUGGUAGAUUUAUUCAUUUGUCCACAGACUUCUCAUUUUCUACAUUUCAAUAUAUACAAUAUUCUUUGACAUUAACAAAUGGGUUUUUGACUCAUACUGAUUAUUUUUUAAGACUUAGUAAUAUUAGGAAGACAACAUGAUCUACCAUUCCACCGAUUUCUGGUGUCAUUCAUAGGUUAUUGUAAAAGAAAAUUUUACUCAAGGUAAGGCAAUUGAAUGGAAGAUAAUAGUAAAUUAAUGGUUUUAAUUCAUCCAAUUCCUCCCAAAAAACUUAUUGCAUUUUAGCAUUAUCCUCAUCAAACUCGAGUUUUGUUAUUGCAGAGUGAAAAUAUCAACAUGAUCAUGAACAAAAAACAUUAUCAUAUUAAUUGUUUUAAAAGUACUCAAUAGAUAAUGAUCACUUUCCCUAAUCUAAGAUUUGAUAGAAUUAUAUUUUUCUUAAUACUUUUUCAUGUUAUCUUAAAAAGUUAACAACUAGAUUAGAAAAUAUUGAUUUGUUCAUGUUUAUUUUAUGCUAUAAGUUGUAAAAUGAAGACAUUUUGAUGCUGAAGGCUUUCUUUUCAUUGAAUUCAUACAUUUCAUGGUUAAUCAUUUAAAAUCAUGUCUGAUCAGGGAAUCGAACCCCAGCCACCUUGAUGAAAGGCAAGUGUGUUACCACUGUGCCACACGACCACCCACAAUCAUAUCAGAUGAAUCUAAUUAUUAAACAAACACCUUCACCUAUUUGGUUCAAAAUAUUUUACAUUCUUGAUUUUUUCUUCUUCUUUAAUAUAUAUGUUAAUAAUUUUAAAAAAAAUGUAUAAUUUUAAAGAGACAGUGAAUUCAGGAUUGUCAAAUUUGGUAAAAAAAAAUGUCCCCCGUCAAGUAAUGAAUAUCAAUAAUGCUGUUGAUUAAAUAAAAAAGUACAUGUACAAUGUAUGUCACUUCCAUAAAUUAUGCAGUUUUACAUGCAUAGUUGAGUGAGAAAACUAUUGUUUUAAAGUAAAAUCACCUGUCACAAUAGCAUUUGAUAUAAUUUUACCACAGUACAACCAAGUACAGUAAAAAAGGAAAUUGACGCUGAUAAAUGGGUGGAUCGAUCACGAAAAUUACCCCCAAGCGUAUAGUUUACAUAUCGAAAUUGCGAAAUUAAUGCCCUUCGAAAGCAACCACAUUUAAGAUACAGUUUACAAUCUAAGAGGCAGUUUUUAAGUGCACCAUAAAUGUUAUAUAUUACAUUUAUUUUCAUCUUUGUUUUAACUGAAAAUUCAAUAUUUAAAAAGCCUGCUUCACGGUCACCUUUACUAUGUAAAAUGUAUUCAUAUUUAUGAAUGGUUUAAAAAAAAGUUUGCUGUUUUUAUCAAGAACAGAAAAUUAGUGGCAACUCAAAAGAAAAGAAGUGAUGUGCCACUUUCAUCUUUACUGUGUAAAAUGUACUCAUAUUUGUUGGUUUAUAAAACCAAAUUAUUUCAAAAUUUCAUUCAUGUUGUCAGUUUUCCAUAUUUGGUUAUUACGUCCAUAUAUGGUGUUGUCAGAACUGUAUGAUCCCUGAUCAUGACCCCUUCCAUUAAUUAGUAUGUAAAACAGGUUUUUAUUAAUAUCAUGGUUAUUGUAUUGAUAAAUAGUGUCAACAUUAGCACAUUAAAAAAUAAAAAGAUGUUAGAAAACA